CACCGUCAUUCAACUUGAUGUCAGUGUUGCGCAAAAGCAUGUGGAACAUGCAGCGUAAAUUAUAAUGCAGCAUUCGCUCACGCAUGCAGGCUUUUGCGUAGCUGCGGUAGCAGGUGCCAGAUAGUAGCCUCCGAUCGCAUUGGCAUGGGUUCCCGAACGUGUUGCCCGGCUUUGUCCCGGGAGCACUUCCUCAUUCACGGGGUGCUGCGGCACCAGCAUCAUGGGCAAGCUGGGUGCGCGCCAUGCCGACCAGCCCGCAGUGUCCUCCGCGCAGGCCCGCCGUGGCAGCCAGCCCCCACCGUGUGCUGCACGAGUACGGUGCGGUGCCUGACCGGUGGUGCACAAGGGCGGGGAGAGGUGGGGCAAAAAGGCCCCUCGACGGUGGUGCUGCAUUCGCGAGAUCAGGUCCGCCAGCGGGGCACCAUUGUGUGCAGAGCAGGGGCGGGCGCCACCAGCAGAAACAACAUCAAGGUGGUUGUGGUCGGUGUGGGGUCCGAGAUUGGGCGUGAGGUGGUGCGGGCUGUGAACAAGGCACGCGGCAUGGAGGUGGCCGGCGCGGUGGAUCCUAGUUGCGCAGGGCAGGACAUUGGGGAGGUGGCGGGGCUGGAGCCGCUGGAGCUGCCUGUCCUGAACGACAUCAUCAUGGUGCUCAGCUCCAUCUCCCAGGCGCGCGACGACCUGGGGGUGGUGGUAGACAUUGGGGGCGGCGGCACCGCUUACGAAACUGUCCGCCAGGCGACCGCCUUUGGGCUCCGCAGUGUGGUUGGAGCCCAGGACCUCACACCCAAGCAGCUGUCCACUCUCAUUGACUUCUGUGAAAAGUCUAGCAUGGGCUGCGUGGCCGCGCCCAGCUUCUCCAUUGGCGAGGUGUUGCUGCAGCAGGCUGCCGUGAAUGCCGGCUUCUACUACGGGGAGGUCGACCUGGAGGAGCGCCUGGACCCAGCGCAGCAGGAGGUGCCAUCUGCCAGCGUGCUUCGUACUGCGGAGGCUCUCAAGGGGCUGGGCCGGGAGUUCAACACAGCCGCCGAGGAUGCGCCGCUCGGGCCUGACGACGGCCUGCUGCAGCGAACAGACGCAGGGGAGGGCCUCGUCAUUGCUAGCCGCAGCACGGGCGGCGCUGACAUGCGCUACAGCCAACACUUGCGCUUUGAGGGAGCGGGAGAGAGCCUGGAGGUGCGGCACACGGUGCACAGCGCGCGCGGGUACAUGGCCGGCCUGCUGCUCGCCAUCCGCAAAGUUGCCCGCCUGCGGUCGAUGGUGUACGGCCUUGAAAAGAUCCUCUAAGGAGGUUCAUCGACUCAAUCGGACCCUCCUCAUGCAACUCGAGCUUCAAUCCAGUGACGAACUUUUGCAUGAAUCAAGCGCUAGCAUAAGGUGGACUGUUUGGAGUCAAGAGUAAUGCAAGGCUCUGUGUAGCAGGAAUCAGAACGUAUCGAUCAGACGGGAAAAAUGUCAUUCCUGAGUCGGUCAGGCGUCAUUCAUUGAAACAAAUGCAGGCCUAGGAAAGCUUGUCACGCUGGCGCCGCAGAUCCCGAGGGAUCUGCAAUGGGGACGGUGCUAUUCUUGUGGUGCGCACAUGUUCGACGUUCGCGCAUGAUUCGGGCGUCAGAUUCCAAUCCGG